AUGGCAUAUGAUAGAUACAUUGCCAUAUGUUACCCACUGCAGUACAGUACUGUGAUGACUAAUGCCCAUAUCAUGAGAAUAAUCACCAUUAAGAUUUAUGGGUUUGUCAACUUUAAUUUUCCCCCAACACUGAAUCCAAUCAUCUAUGGUUUGAAAACAAAGGAAAUUCCGAGAAAAGGUGUUGAACUUUUUAAAGAAUAG